UAAUGCACACAAUACUUUGCUGUCUCUCUAACUCUACUUGAUUGCUAGCCUGCGAGCCGGCUCUCCAGUGGGUUAAUUCAGAAAUUUCGGUUUUCGGGAUUCCUGUGGCGAGCAAAAAAAGCGAGAGAAGGGGAAGGGGGAAGAAGGAAGACAGUUGCCAAAUUCAUUGUUGGCAAGCAUAUUACGGCGACAAAAGACGAAUAUUCUGCCGGAUUCCUCUGAAAUGGAAAAUCGUGUGGCGCUGAGGUUUGGGCUGGUUGGACUCCAGCUAUCUGUGAGGAUGUCGCCGUGAUUUGAGCGCGAUUAAGGAAGGAAGUGUGCUUUUGAGGACGGAACGAGCUCAAAAAAAGCGCGUGUGCUUUGACGAUGUCACGUUCCUGCAGUAUCAGAAAUAUGCGGAAUCCUUUUAGCUUGGAGAGUGUUGCUUGGAAAGUCUGAAUGAAGAAAAUACAGGGCACGGCUUUAGGAGGAUAUUAUGGGGGUAAUAUGGUGGACUCUUCUUGUGCUUUUGACGCAAAUCCAACCGGGGUAUUCUAAGCUAGGGGAUGACCCAUGGUUUAAAUCCGCUCGUUUUUAUUGGUCACUUGACACAAUAGACCGCUACAAGCGACUACAAGAUCUGCAGGGCAACAGUGACAGCAAAGUGUUGGGGGGUGCCAUCACUGUUCCAGGGGUCAGCAAAGAUGCCUUGCAAUUGGAUGGCGCUCCGAGUACUGGAGCUGAUUUAGGUGAAUUUUCCAAGACGUGUAUAAGUGAACCAAACCGAUGCAAAACAGGGUUCACAAUCUCUUUCUGGGUGAAGCUAGAAAUUUCUGAGCUUACCAGUACUGUCGUGGUGCUACAGAUCUCUACCAACAGAUUCUCCAUUGGGACGACUUUGUACGCCAGGCGAAACAAGAUAGGGCUAAGCGUCAACACAAGGAAUGUGUCGCGCAAAGUCGAGGCUCCCUGGAGGCACAAAGACUGGGUGCACGUCUCCUUGAUAUGGAACAAAGAAGCGAAGUAUGUGGAUUUAUUGAUCAAUUGUCGGACAGCACCGGACAUGGUCCGGACGGAGACUGCGAUGCUAGACAGUCUGCUUUCAGCACCGCCUCAGGGUCGACUAGUGCUCGGGGCGAACUACGGCUUCCUAAAAAACUGUAGAGUAACUAUCGACGAGUUGGCCGUAUGGCUGCGGGUGCUUCCCAAGGAGGAGAUUUGCUAUGUUCAGAACGCAAGAGCAGUGGAUGGUGGCUUUGCUGAGUGGAGUGACUUUACGUCAUGCAGCGUGACAUGCGCACAGGGAUCCCGAACUCGCCGCCGCCUAUGUACCAGUCCCCCUCCACAGCACGGCGGACUAAACUGCACAGGGGCCUUUAGCGAGACCACACCCUGUAAUCUGCGCCCAUGUCCUAUCAAUGGUAAUUACACCCAGUGGUCCGAGUAUACACCGUGUAGCAAAACCUGUGGGGGUGGUACACGGCACAGGACAAGGUCGUGUACAAACCCUGCACCGCAGUAUGGUGGUGUUAACUGCACUGUGAUCGGGAACCCUGUGGACACUAUAGAGUGUAACACCAGCCCGUGCCCUGUAGACGGUGGGUACACAAGCUGGACCGAGUUCUCUCCAUGCUCCGUCACGUGUGGGAGAGGACUCAGCACCAGAUCCCGAGCAUGCUCAGAACCAGCUCCACAGUAUGGCGGUAGAAAUUGUAGUGAGUUCCUUGGACCAAACACAGAGGAAGUGCCCUGCUUUCCUAAGUUAUGUCCCAUUGAUGGUUUCUAUGGAAACUGGAGUGCGUUCACUCGCUGCAGUUUAAGUUGUGGGGGAGGUACUCAAUCAAGAAAUAGAUCAUGUGACAGCCCGUCCCCAGUUGGGGAAGGGUUGAAUUGUACUCGCCUCGGGCCAGCUUUGGAGAUUAGAGUGUGCAACACACAACCUUGCCCGAUUCACGGAGGUUUUUCUGAGUGGACUGAUUUCGGUAAUUGCACGCGGGAAUGCGAUGGCGGCGUACAUUACCGGACAAGAAGUUGCACGAAUCCUGUUCCUUUCGCGGGUGGCGAGGGCUGUUCCCUGCUAGGUCCCGCAAGGGAGUCUCGGCAGUGUAACACCAAUCCCUGUCCAGUCAAUGGCGCCUACGGCCCAUGGGCUCCCUUUAGUCCCUGCUCGGCCACAUGUGGCGGAGGAAGAAUGGUGAGAAGACGGUACUGUGAUAACCCCAGUCCUCAGCACGGCGGGAAGAAUUGCUCAUCACUGGGUCGCCCUGUGGAAUCUUCGAGUUGUAACACGAAUAAGUGCCCAGAUAUAACUUUUUUUACGAACGUGAAUUUUCCCGGAGAGAAGUUUAAAGCCACUCUUUACACGAGGGGCAGCAAGGACUUCCAGAAGCUCGCCAGUAAGAUCGCAUGGAAUGCUCGUCGUAUUUAUGGCAAAGACACCUCUCUUGAAGACGUUGUAGUAAAGUUUUGCGAUUUCGACGAAGAAGCUGGUGGUAUUCAAUGCAUGAUUGAGUUCAUGUAUGGCUAUGAUGGGUUCAGCGGUGCACUCAAGCUGCAAGACGCUCUGCAAAGAAGACACAUGCUCUACCAGAUGCCAGCCAAUGCCUACUUCAUCACCAGCAACGACGUUCCCUGGAACCCGCCUGUGGGCAUUACGGUAUAUAACACAAGCUCCACUAGCCUCAUGGUACGCUGGACCCCCCAUGCGAAGAGCAGGCUGGAUUCUGUAGAAGGCUAUCGCGUCAGGUUCCUUGAUGAAGAGGGUAACUUCUACAACAAGGUCCUACAGGGCAAAAAUGCUACCCACACUACCCUCCACGGGCUGGACAAGUACCAUUACUACUGUGUGCGGAUUAUACCGUUCAGCCGGAGGGGGGAUGGGCUGGCGGCUGGCCCUGUGUGCGCUUAUACGGAUACAGAUGUGCCAAGCGGCGCACCCUCAAACAUUACCACAUGGAGCCAAUCACCAACUGACAUGUCAAUUAGCUGGGAGGCCUUGCCCCACAAGCAAGCACACGGCAAACUACUCGGGUACAAAGUCCAAUAUCAGAUCCACAACAGGAGCGCGAGCCUGGGUACAAGCAAUGGCAGCGCGCAGGGCAUGCUUGAUAUUACGAAGGGCGUCAGGAAUAUAACGAUUGCGAACCUGCGCAAGUUCACUCGGUACACGAUCACCGUGGCUGCCUAUAACGAGAAGGGCCUGGGUCCGUGGAGUCGGCAAGUGCUCGCCUUUACGAGUGAAGACGUUCCCGGACGAGCGCCAGUCAUUAAGACCGCUGAACCCACAAGUUCAACGAGCCUGCGCAUCACGUGGCAUCCACUGCCCGAGAAGUACUGGAACGGAGAGUUACUAGGAUACCGUGUGUUCUACCGAACUGCCGGGCCUGCCGACCCGGACUUGUGGUCCGAGAUUGAUGUGGGGCCUGGGGACCAGUCAGCUGAUCUUGAAGGGCUGGAGAAAUUUGUCACGUACGCGAUCCAGGUGGCGGGAUUCAACAAAGCUGGCGAAGGAACACCGCUUAAGAGCGUCUUUGUGACGACAAAUGAGGACGUGCCCAGCUUCCCUCCGGAAAACAUAACUGCCGCCAAUACAUCAUCCACAAGCCUGCUAAUUCAAUGGAGUCCAGUUCCUAAGGAUCACGCAAAUGGAAUUAUCCUUGGAUACAAGAUUUUGUACAGAGUGUCUGGAAGCAAUGGCAGUUUCUCCGAACAUCGCACCAACGCCGACACCACCGCCACGGAAGUGACGAACCUAACUCAUUUUACCGUAUAUGACGUCAGUGUGGUCGCGUUUACGUCAAAGGGUGAUGGUCCGGGGUCGGAACCGUUAAUUGUGAAGACGGCAGAGAACAGGCCAAGUAGACCACCCAAGAUGCUUCGCCUUUUCAACACUAGCUCAACGAGUCUUCACCUACACUGGCAGCACAUCCCAAUAGAGUUCGUCCACGGGGUUCUAUUUGGCUACCGUGUAUUGUACCGACCAAUGAACGCUUCGCAGGAUAGCUAUCGUGCGUUGGAGUACGGUCCUAGCGUCCUAGAGGCGGAGGUGACCGGCCUGCUCAAAUACUCGUGGUAUGGCUUUCGUGUUAUGGGAUUCACAAAGGUCGGCUACGGAGCGGUGAGCGAGGAGGAGAUCGUCAGAACCGGCGAGGACGUUCCAAGCUGGCCUCCCGAGGAAGUGAUUCCUAGCAACAAGACAAGCCCGACGGCAUUGCGUGUCAGUUGGCAGCCAAUCAGCGAUGAGUAUUACGUGCAUGGUAUCCUACUGGGCUACAAGGUGUAUUACUGGGCUGUACGAAACCCAAAUGAGGUGUUUUUGAAAAAGAAAGAGAAGAUAAUAGUGAAUGCGAUGACGCUAAGCGUCGUGAUAAGUGGGCUACAUGCUUAUACCGUCUAUGCGAUACAAGUGCUAGCUUUCACAAGCAAAGGGGACGGACCUCUUACUCAGCUGAUAUAUGGAGGUAAGCUAUCUUAUACCGUCUAUGCGAUACAAGUGCUAGCUUUCACGAGCAAAGGGGACGGACCUCUUAGUCAGCUGAUAUAUGGAGAAACGUGUAACUGCCAUGCAACCAUGUACACCAAUUGGUGGGUAAACCCGCCGUACAAUGACGUCAACACUACUGGAAUCUUUCCUGUAAUCCUGCAAUCAGUGACUGAACAGUGCUGUGGGUACUGUCAGGAAUUUGGUUACACUUUUAUCAACUUCACCCGCUCGGGGAACGAAACUUACGCUCAAAAACCGAGCGAAAUGGUCGUCAAGCGCUCAAUUGUGAACCAAACGGCCCUUAGCUACCCGGUGUACGGUAGAAUGGACCAGAAAGAGUACGGAGGGUUUGGCUUCGUGCCCAUGGUCAAGUCAGGGGGGGUUGUGUUUAUGUCGGUGACCCCUCUCCCAGGGACGACCGCCAGGAUGCUUGUAUACUCCGUGUUGGAUUUGUGGCCAAUGUGUGUUUUUGUCUUUGUUUCCGCGUUUUUUUCUGGGAUCUUCAUGUGGAUAUUGGACUGCUGGUUUAAUUCCGAUAUGUUUCCGAGAUCACCUUUCAGAGGACCAAUGGAGGGGAUGUGGUGGGCUUUCAUCACCAUGACAACAUUGGGGUAUGGGGACCGCUUCCCCAAAGGCUACCACUCCAAGCUUUUUGCAAUCGUAUGGAUCACGUGUGGCCUUGUGAUUGUGGCGCUGUUAAUGUCUUUUAUCACGACAUCACUGACCGCAGAGAUAGUGGGCUCAAAGACGAUGGUCUAUGGUACAAAGAUUGCCGCCAUUACAAACUCGUCCGAGUAUCGCCUGGGGAUCCGUAUGAACGCGAGAUUUGAGCCAGGCACCACCUACCAGAAUCUUAUGGAUGUUUACACGGCACUCAAACGCCGAAGCGUACAGGGAGCUCUGAUCGAUUCGUACACGGUCGGUAGCAGGCAAGACCUGUUUGGUGACCAGAUGUUCAAGAUUAGCAAAAUCAUCAGCCACCCGUCUUCAUAUGGGGUGGUCCUGUCAGGGGAGGCGGUCAAGCUCCGAGUCUGCUUUGCGUCUUUUAUGAAAGAGGAGAGAGCACAAGUGUUCAAAUCCAUCACUGAUAAUGUCAAGCAGCUUGAGGGGAUGAGCGAAGGUACUGCAGAGGAAAUGACGUCAGGGCUGUUCGAUGAAGAGUCGGAAAUGUUCCGACAGGCUGCGACGUGGUCAGCCGGAGCACUCGGAAUACUUACGGUCAUCUGCCUACUGUACGAGCUCCUUGCUAGAAGCAGACGCACUCCUGACCCCAAGCGAUAUGACUACAGUAAAACCGGUCUGUUGCCGAUGGCUCCAACAGCUAUUCGUAGGCAUUACGAGGAGGAGCGAGAGCUCAUGCGAAGUGUGGUGGAGGAGUAUUACGUGAACUGCCGAAAACUUUGCGUCAGCCUACGCGCAAAGCACCUUCGUGAAAUCAAGUUGCUAAGGAAACUAAAAGAGGAGACAGAAAAUGGUGGUGAGCGAACAGCUCACAAGAAGAAUAUAAAAGAGCCAUUUAGCUUAUUUAGAUUUGUCAAUAGACUCUGGUAGUAAGAUGAUAUGGUCACAUAAUUAAUAUAUAUAUUUAGAUUUUAUUAUAACUUUGUGGUUCCUAGGUCCUAUAGGGCCAAUGGCAGUUUCAAAGACGGGCUUCUGUUUAGAAGGCCCUUUUACAAAGUCCCGAAACAUUUCUUGAAAUCGUGCGGAGGGGAAUAUGCGUUUUUUUUAAAGAAAAACUGGGAUUUAGAAUAUGCAUUGGGACUUUGUAGUUUCACAAUCGCAAAGAUAUUCGAGUGUCGCAAAGUUAAGACAAGAAGCAAGAAGACAUCGACAAAGAAAUUAAGAAGUUAUUUAUUUUUUACAAAAAAUGCACAGUGACCAGGCUAAAAAUCAAUUUAGCAGAUAGAUUCAUUGGUCUCGUGUCAGUCAGUGGCUCAAUAGAAACACAUAAAAUUCUUGUUUAUUAAUGGUUAGAUAAAUAUCAGUAUUAUAGUAUUCGAUGUAUUAGAUUUUAUAUUGCACCAUCAUUGAAAACUUACUUAAAGUUUGUCAGUUGACAAUUAGACGAUGUUUAGUAUUCUUAUAAAGUGUAAACAUUAGAAAUAAGCAUGAAAAUUAGUUUUAACAGUUUAAUCCUGAUAAAGACCCUUGAUAACUGGAA